AAGUGCAGCCGUUCAAUUAACAAACAAACUUAUUCGUUAGUGUGUAACAUAUAUACAUAUAUAUAUAUAUAACAAUUCGUGAUUGAUCAUUGGAUUGGACGACAUUCAGAAGUGACCUCAAUAUUCAUGGAACAUCCGGGCUCUAUCAAAUGUCUUAUCGUUUUUCUUACGAUUUUUUCUCCAGGAGUCACAGCUGCAAGUGCUUUUAUUCGAUUAUUUAGAUUUAUUUCUUUUAUUAUGCAGAGACAAAUGAGUCAAAGUCUAAUAAAGCUCUUAGACAUCAGCUGUUGUCCAUAGUUAAGGGAUGUAAAAGAAAAUCAAUUUUUAAAAAAACCAAAACCAAAAAGAACCAACUCCGUCCACUGUUCAGUGGUGGCGUGCAUUCCGAAAAAUGGCGAGGUCUUUUUUUUAAAUCCAAUGCGCUGCUGUGGUAUUCACUAGAUAUAUAUAAUAUAUUUGAAUAGAUAAUACAGAGCCGUUCUCAGGCAUAAGCAAAAUAGGUGCCCGCCUAGGGCGCCACUGCGCCGCCGGGUGCCUUUUUUUUUAAAACUACAACUGCCAUGUCCAUAUAUUUCAGAAGUACACAUUGUCUGUAGUGGCGGAAUAAUCAAUAUAGCAAAGCGGGAACCGUGGCGAAGGCAGAAUGGAGGGGCCCGCUACCUACGCUCCAUGGGCCCCCCAAAAAGUCCUAAGAACGGUUCUGGAUAAUGGGAUAUUUUUUAACAGACUUCUGGGGACUACAAAAAAAAAAAGAUGUAUUUUAAAUAAAAUGUGCUUGAGUCAUUUCUCUCUACUUAUUUCUAGAUUUUAAACGUUGAGUUAAUUAUAAACAUUUUUUUUUUAUCAUUACACUGAAACCACGCCAGGACGCGGUCACCUAAAAACAUGAAUUCGGAUGUACCGUGGCCGUCGCCUGGCCGACAAAAUUUCGUGGGCUCACAUUCAUUCGCUCAUGAUUUUUGUUUUUUGGGGUUUUUUUUUUGUGGUUUUUUGUUCGUUUCCCUCUAAAGUAACCACCAGGCAACAGUAUCAAAAUAUAUAGCCCUAUACUCCAGCGGCACAAUCGCAAAUCCAUUAAAGACGAAUAGCGCAACUCGAACACCGCAACACUGUAUUUAAAAAUCCAGUUUAAACCAAUAAAUAAAAUUAAAAUAGCUCACGUCUGUUCCUACCCCUACCCCCCCCCCCAAACGUUAUGCGCCACUAAAGAUACUGGUGGAAAACGUCCCGUUCACGCGAUCCGUUAAAAACGCUGUCCGUCCGGUUUUAAGACCCCCCCCCCCACAAGUAUCGCGUUACAGGGAGGUAUCACUGAAGAUAAAUUGCGUCGGGUUUAUUUGUUCAACAUUUAUUUUUCUUCAAUUUUUUAAAAUUAUCUCUAAAGAGAUUUUUUUUUUUUAAAGAUUCGGAAAUAAUAGACGUUUGGUUGCGAGUUGAGGCAGGGGCGUCAUUUGGGUAGGGCAGGGUGGGGGCAUUAACCCCCCCUCCCCCCGCCACCUGAAUUUGCAGGUUUUAUUUAACUUGAUAUGUACUGUGGCGCCUCCAAUAAUAACACAAGCCGAUUAAGUUUUGGUUUUGCCCCCCCCCUUCCGAAAUUAACCUGAAAUGAUGCCCCUGAGUUGCUUCAGUUAAAAAAUGAUCUUUUGACAACUUGAUUUUGUUGGUUCAACAGCUGACCGAGUCAGACAGGAAGCGAGUGUGGUGGGGCAGAUACAACGCCGAGUCUCAGUCCACAACCGGCAAGCCCAGCCCGGCCGGGUCGGCGUCCAGCGGCCAAAGAUUGCACGACGAUAAGGGCGGCUACUCGGGCUUCCACGCGAACAGCGCUGCCGGCAAGAGUGGUGGUUCCUCGUACGAGGCUGACCCCAAGUACGGGAAGUACGCCGAGAAAGACCAGCGCUGGGGCGAAUCCGAGUACAGACCUUUCUCCGGCCUUGACCCCAGCGAGUCGUGGCCAGAAAAGUCCAGUAGGUUGACCGAAGAGGUGAGCAAACGGUCAAUGGUGUCCAGUUGUUUGUUGUCACCUUUUUGUUUAAAUAAUCAAACCGAUGGUUCCCACACCCUUGUGUUUAAGACCACCAACGGCGAUUCAUUUGUUAGACCUGAUGUCUGAUGUGACAGUGGUGCUCAAACUUAUGUACGGGUGGGACCUCACGACUUCCUUAAUUUAUUAUGUUGAUUUCAUGUCACCAAUCUUCAAAUAACAUAACACGUGUUGUCAUAACCUCGAAGUCGUUCAGCUGCGUAGUAUGUUCACAAGUUUCCACCACUCUACUUCACCGUGCAUAUUAUAGACUUUGUCAUUUCCCUGACCGGAAAACGUCAUAGCGCACUAUUUUUAGAAGGUCGGCGGACAAAUAUUGCUUAAAACAUGGCGGCUUAUAGUGUGUUCCAACAUAUCGUUCGGACGAUCCUUGUAUCUAGAGUCGCUGUUACAUUUGCCGUUCGCGCAAUGGAGUCUCAUUUCAGAAAACAGAAGUAAACAAAAAAUGUGUAAAAUAUUUCGCAAAAUAGAGUAAUGUCAACAAGUUUCAGGAACACUUUGCUAACAUAGUAGCACUGAACAGUGGUGACAUUGUGUCCGCGCUGAGUACCCGGAUGAUGAGUAAUGAUGAUAUCAGUUCUGUUAAUAGAUUUCCGCCAUUAAAUGACAAUCCCUCUUGACCAGUAUCACAUUUACCGCUCAAUAGAAUGUGGAUGGACAGAAAAAAGAAGUCCCCUUGGAGUGCGCUCUUAAAUUAUGGAACAGUUCGCCUUGGUUUUUGAGGGAUUUCGGAAAUGAUUUUAAAAAGUCAUUUAAGAGACAUUUAAAAGACUUUUGUUAAAAUUUAAAUAGAGCUUAUGACAUCAGAGCGCUUUGAGCCUGCUAAAAUAGCAUGGACACAAGCGCUAUAAAAAUAACCAAUCACAAUCAAUCAUUAUCAUCCUCCAUGGAAUGACCAUAGGGCAGACGUUUGAAAGAAUCUAGAAUCUAAAGCAACGUUUCUCAAAUUAUUUCUUCUUGUUGUUCGUGGCCCAUUGAUAACAUUUUUAUUUCCCUCCCUUGCACCCUUACCCGUUAUCUAUAUUUGUAAAAAAAAAAAAAAAAAAUAAUCUUUUUUAUAAAACCCCCAUUUUUAAAAACCACCCGCCGCCCCACGGAAAACUGUGUGGGCCCCCCCCCCCCCCCCCCGGACCCUAUGACACACAAUGAGAGACGCUAAUCUAGAAAAAUCAAAUCUUCAUUUUAAAAUAUAUAGAUACAUAUUUCCUGUGUUAGAAAGAGAUGAAACGUUAGAGAGAUUUCGAGUCGUGUAAUAUUUCAAUGGUGUGAACGAGCCGCCUGGCCCUACUGCAGGCGUGCACAAUAGACGGCCCGCGGGCCGCAUGUGGCCCGCCAGUACCAACUGUGUGGCCCGUGACGUAACGAAAUAUUCUUUAUUCUUUUCUUAACAGCUUUCCCCCCCCCCGCCCCCCCCCUCUGUCCUAUUUUCUUUGGGCCCGCACAAGCUUUUCAUAAAGUAUUACCCGCCUUACAUUUUGAGUUGUGCAGGCCUGCCCCACAAGUUUGAACAUCUAGAAACAGUGUUUUUGUUUUUUUUCUUUUUUUUUUUUUUUUUUUUUUUCUUUUUUUUUUUUUUUUUUUUUUUUUUUUUCGAUUUCCUCUCUUUUUGUUUUUUGUUUUCCCUGUUGUUUAGUAAAAAAAAAAAUGAGAGUGUGUAGGUAUAAAUUAAAAUUUGUUGUGCAGAAAUAAUUAAAAGUCUGUUGAUGAUUCGUUCGAAUGGCGUGCGUGUAUUGUUGGUGAGCUUAAUGGUUUAGCUGUUGGUGUGUGCUGUUUAGCUGUUUAGCUUUUUAGCUGUUGCUGUGUGCUGUUGUAGUUGUGACACAUUUGGGUAGUGGAAGAUUACUUUGCAGAGGCGUAGCUAAAUGGUGGGGGGUGGUUCAAAUGGGGGACAGAUAUCCCUGGGCGCCAGACUAGUUAGGGGCGCCAAGAUGGGCUUUGAUAUUAUUUUAUUAUCAAAAUAAUGGGUUUGAGAGUUGAAAAGGGAAAGGAAGGCACUUUAAAAUGAAUUUGGUCCCCCCCUAAUCCCCCCCCCGGCGCCAAACACUCUAGCUACGCCUCUGGGACGGUGUUUUAGUUGUUAUCGAUUUUGCUAGUGAGUGAGUCGCAGAGAGAAAGCGGGAGGAAGAGGACACGCUGUUGUUCUAUGAAGAACCAUAUGUAAUGUGGUAGUGGUCUUGGAUUUGUUGAAUAUUCAGCCCUAGACUUAACGAAGCGACUGAACGACUUAUACACAAUGUAGUUCUUAACAAUAUCCUCAGUAACUUUUUUUUUUGGUGGGGGGGGGGUGGGGGGUGUUAGAUGUACUUAUACUUUAGACGCCUUUAAAUUUGAGACUUCCGUCAUAAAUAAAAGACGUGUGUCUUGUCUUACAAGCACACGUGUGAUACACGUGUCUUGUUUUUUUGGAUUCGCAGACAUGAGACCCAUGUCUUGUCUUACAAGCACACAUAUGAGACCCGCCUUGCCUUGUCUUACAGGCAAACAUAUGAGACCCGCCGUGUCUUGUCUUACAAGCACACAUAUGAGACACGGGUCUGGUCUUGCACUCAUAAAUAUGAGACACGUAACUUGUCUUGCAGACAUGCCAGUGUGAUGAGAGACUGAAGAUCCUUGAGAUGAAAAUGGAAGAGUUGCAGGAGGACAACAGUCGCAUGAACACCCGGAUGUGGGACACGGUGGACGUUGUCCAGGGAAUGAUCAAAGGUAGAGAUGCUAUGGACAUAAUAACAAUUGUUUGUGAGCGAGCAGGAGAUAGAUAGAAGGGGGGAGGGAUGGAGGGGAAGAGAGAGGGAGAGAAAUAGGGAGGAGGGAAGGAGGGAGAGGGAAAGAGGGAAGGAUAAGGAGACGGAUGGGGGAUGUCGAGAGUGGGGUACAGGGAGUGAACGGUGAGAUAGAGAAAGGGAGGGAAGAGGUAGAGAGAGGGAGAGAGAGGGAGAAAGAUGGAAGAGGGAGGGGUAGAAAAGGAUGGAGAGGGAAAGAGGGAAGGAGAGAGAGAGGGAAUGAGGGAGUGGAGGAGAGAAAGGCAGGGUGAGAGAGAGGGUAGACGAGAGAUGGAGGAGAGAAAGGGAUGGAGGGAGAGAAUGAGUGAGAGAAGGAGAUGGGGGAGGAAAGGGGGGGAAGACGGAGGAAAAGGGAUGGGUGGAGAAGGAGGGAGGGAGGAAGAGAGGUAGAGAAAGGGAUGGAGUGAGAUGGGCAGAGAGGGAGGCAGCAGGCAAGGGAGCGUAGGACAGAGAGAGGUAGCCUUGGGGAGAGUCGCAGCGCUGUUGUUUGUCUAAUUCCUCCAUUGUUUGUAUGACCAGGAUCCUCCAAGCUGGGCAAACACAAACACAUCGUCUCCUUCUCCGCCCACGCCGCCUCCAACAUCCCGUACCUCAAGGACGCUGAGAUCAUCGUCUUCGAUGACGUGAGUAUCAACCACCUUCUACAUAACCUUUAACCCCUGCUCACUCUCAUUGCCGCUAGUACGGAUGGAAGCAGUGCAUUUGUGCUCAAAUUAGGCUAAGUAGAGCGGAUAUCUAGGUUGAUUCAGGAAUAGGGAUUUUAAAAAAAAUAAAAUUUAAAGUGUAUAUCCAGGCUUCCGGUAAAUUGAUAGCUUGUCCGUCGAAAUCGAUCAAGGCCAUUUGAAACAACGGAUUCUGGCUGGUUUUAAUUUUUAAUUUAAAAAAAAAAUAUUUUUUUUAAUUGGUGGGUGCUCAGAUGGCUGAUGAGACCGAUUCUGUUACUGAAUGUUCUUUCACACUAGGAGCAAGGAAUGGAUGGGGCAUCUCCAGGUGCAGAGUUAACCCGGGAUUCGCCAGUAAAAAUAAACAUCACAUCACGUGACAGCUUCACUAAAUAAAACCUAGAAGUAAACCGCGUUUGAGAAAUUUAAAGCUACAAAAAAAAAAAGUUUUAUAUUUUAAAUAAAUAAUUUAUUAUCAGUUUCAAUUUAUUUAGCAUGAAGUGUGUUGUCAACUCGAAGAAGAAAAUAAAUUAUUUUUUAACGGGUGUACACGAAAACAGCUGUUAAUGGGAGAUAACCAAUAAAACAGAUGGUCGUCAAUAGACUUGACCGAGUUAUCGGGAUUCCCCCCCAAACCCGCAGCCCGUCAGAUCGCCCCAAUUCACACGAACCAUCUCGGUCCUUUUCAGGUACUUGUCAACAAUGGUGCGGCGUACGACCCUCGAAGUGGAAUUUUUACUGUCCCAGUUUCCGGUGUAUACAUCUUCUCAGGUAACUUUACAGAAUUUGAUUUGAUGACAGUGCACUUUCUACUUCCACCUAUAAACAAAAAAAAUGGUGGGGCAGGGGGGGGCAUCAUUUUACUCAAAAAAAGAAUGGUUUACCCCCAUGGAAUUUUUCCAGAAUGAUAUUCAAUAAGAUAUGGAACAAAUUAUCUACACAAGAAAUAGGGAAAGGGGGGGGUGGGAGUGGCGGGGGUUCUACACCCAAUGACCGAGAAAAUGAUCUAUCCUAAAUGUGGGAGAAAUGAUUUACUCCAACUCUGGGAGAAAUUAUCUACUCCAAAUGUGGGAGAAAUGAUCUGCUCCAAAUACGGGAGAAAUUAUCUACUCCAAAUGUGGAAGAAAUGAUCUGCUCCAAAUACGGGAGAAAUUAUCUGCUCCAAAUAUGGGAGAAAUGAUUUACACUAAAUAUGGGAGAAAUUAUCUACUAGAAAUAUGGGAGGAAUGAUCUACUCCAAAUAUGGGAGAAAUUAUCUAUUCCACAUAUGGGAGAAAAGAUUUAAUCCAAAUAUUGGAAAAAUUAUUUAAUCCAAAUAUGGGGAAAAUAAUCUACUCCAAAUAUGGGAGAAAUGAUUUAAUCCAAAUACGGGAGAAAUGAUUUCAAAAUAUGGGAGUAGUGAAUUAAUCCAAAUAUAGGACAAAUGAUCUACACCAAAUAUGGCAGAAAUGAUCUACUUCAAAUAUUUGAGAAAUUAUCUACACCAAAAAUGGGAGAAAUGAUUUAAUCCAAUUAUGAGAGAAGUGAUCUACUCCAAAAAUGCACACCAAACCCUUAACACGUCUGUAUCAUUUUCGUUCUCAGCGACCAUCGUGUCCGGCUUCAACAGCACCAUUGAGACCAUGAUCACCCUCAACGGACAAGAGGUGGCGCGGCUCUACUCCGGAGCCCACCAGAACCGCGGGUCCGGCUCCAACACGGUGGUCCUCAACCUGCGGGAAGGCGACGACAUCUGGGUGGCCCUUUUCUACGGCAACGGGAACUACGUGCACGGGAAGUGGAGCAGCUUCUCUGGGUCCCUGCUGGAAACAUAUUGAGAACAGCUGCGGGGAAAAAUUUCCACAACCUCCCUGCUCAUAGACUUUUUCGACAACUCACCUACUUAGUGCAGCCGACAUUUGAGACGCUUUGGGAAAAAGAAAGUUUUUGUGUUUUAUUAAGAUUUGAUUCUAAAAAUAUUCGCUUCGGGAUGGCCUGUUCGAAAAAAAUAAUCAUUUCCGGUUAUAUGACUUCGAUUCCCACUUCGAGUUUCUGAAAGGAAGGGGUCAAAUGCUUCCGGGUUAAUUAUGCAUUACUGGCCAUUCAAUUUUAAUGUUGAUGAAAUUGAUUUUCAUGUAUCAUAUGUGAAGUCAUCUAUCAUUUUAAAUAGGACUCCUAUUCCGCUUCGCUUAUAAAUUAUAUCUUCGCCCCAUGUGAAGGUUACGUCUUUCCUCUGGGCUACAACAAGGUCUGCGUUUAGAGGGUUCGGGAGGGACUUUACCAGGCUCUCAAAUGUGCCCGACAAUCAACCAAAACAAAAGUACAAGGUAGACUACAUCAUUCACCCAAACAUCUCUUGACUGAGAUACUUAAGCUCAUGCACACUGAUCUGAAUGAAAGUGUACUCGUAAAUUUAGUUGUACAUCGUGCAAUAUACCUGUUUGAUGUAAUGGUAAUGUAUGUUGUCAAUACACCUGUUUAAUGUAAUGGUAAUGUAUGUUGUCAAUACACCAGUUUGAUGUAAUGGUAAUGUAUGUUGUCAAUACACCUGUUUGAUGUACCGGAUACGGUCAUGUCAGUGCCGGACUUACCUAUAAGCAAAACAAGCUACAGCGUAGGGCCCCACAUUCUGCCUGCUAGAUGUUUUAUAUUUUUAUUUGACCAGCUGAUGUAAUUUAAAACGGUAAA